UUCAUUUAGGUGCGAAGCCAUGUCUACGUACCCGAGAACUUAUGACUUCAUACAUGCUGAUUCUGUUUUCAGCCUCUACCAGGACAGAUGUGAAAUGGAAGAUAUAUUACUGGAAAUGGACAGAAUAUUAAGGCCACAAGGCAGUGUAAUUUUCCGAGACGACGUAGAUGUUUUGGUAAAUGUGAAGAGCAUAGUAGAUGGACUACAAUGGGAUAGCAGGAUGGUUGAUCAUGAGGGUGGCCCUCAUGUUAGGGAAAAGCUUCUAAUUGCUACUAAGCAGUAUUGGACAGCACCAGCCCCUGACCAAGAUAAACAACCUUCAUAGGCAUCAUUGAAUCUUCUAUAGUUUUACAAUCUGGCCAAUUCUUUACUUCCUUUGUUGAUAAUUUUUGUUUGUUCAGUGGGCUCUUGUGAUUUUUCAUUGACCUCUCUAUCUUUUUGGCUUCAAAAUAAACAAGAGGAUAUUGAGGUUUUCCCCUGAGAUUACUCUUUUUACUAUUUGGCGUUCGAACCGGCUUGUGAUAUUUUACUUUACGCUCACUCUUUUACAUUUUGAAAUGUAAAAUUUGGAUAGAGACCAGUUUUUAUUUGAUAGAGUUAAAAUGACUACAAUGGUUUUCUUCUACUA